AGCUAAGAAUUUAUUUUAAGAGGAAUGGGAACAAAAUUUGAGAGCUCUUCACUCAUGUUCUAUCCUUGCUGUUGGUUUUUUACCGUGACAGCUCUUGCAGUAGGCAAAGCUCACUCUGAACCCUGUGUUUCCUUGAACAGCUUAUAAAUCUAUGGCUCCUCAUGCAGAGCUGCUCAGAGACAUCCCAGAGAAACACAUGUGUUCAAGGCCGGAGCCAGCUGAACGACGGGACACUGUAGGAUGCUCCGCGAUGUCCUAGGGAAAACCUUCCGCUUUCUGGGCUACACUGUGCAAUAUGGCUGCAUAGCACACUGUGCCUUUGAGUACCUUGGAGGAAUUGUUGUGUGUUCUGGACCUUCAAUGGAACCAACCAUUCAAAAUUCUGAUGUUGUGUUUUCGGAGAACCUGAGCCGCCACUUUUAUUGCAUCCGAAAAGGAGAUAUUGUAAUUGUGAAAAGCCCAAAUGACCCCAAAUCAAAUAUCUGUAAAAGAGUAAUUGGCUUGGAAGGGGAUAAAGUCUGCACAAGCAACCCUUCAGAUUUCCUUAAGAGUCACAGCUAUGUGCCUAAAGGACAUGUUUGGUUAGAAGGUGAUAAUCUCAGGAAUUCUACAGAUUCCAGGUGCUACGGACCCGUUCCUUACGGACUGAUAAGAGGACGCAUUUGUCUUAAGCUUUGGCCUCUGAAUGACUUUGGAUUUCUCCGUGCAAGCCCCAACGGCCACAGAUUUCUUGACGAUUAAAAGAUUUAAGUUACUCUUGCCGGUUUUCCUAAUAUUUUCUACUAAAAUUGAUGGAACUAUUUUUGUUUAGAAUAAACACAGAUAUUACUUGACA